CUCCUCCACACCAACCAAAUUCCCCACCACCGGCGACCUCGUCAGCCAGCGAUGUCGGGCCGCGGCAAGGGAGGCAAGGGGCUGGGCAAGGGCGGCGCCAAGCGCCACCGGAAGGUGCUGCGCGACAACAUCCAGGGCAUCACCAAGCCGGCCAUCCGGCGUCUCGCGCGGCGGGGCGGCGUGAAGCGCAUCUCCGGGCUCAUCUACGAGGAGACCCGCGGCGUGCUCAAGAUCUUCCUCGAGAACGUCAUCCGCGACGCCGUCACCUACACCGAGCACGCCCGCCGCAAGACCGUCACCGCCAUGGACGUCGUCUACGCCCUCAAGCGACAGGGACGCACCCUCUACGGAUUCGGAGGCUGAUCCCGCGUGUUCCUCCAUUGUUAGGGGUUGCCGAUGUGAUGUAAUGUGAUGCAUAUGGUUUCAGAUUAAUCAAUGGAUUCGCUGUUGCUGUUCAGUA